AUGCGCAUCUUUUCCGCUCCCAAGCCUCAAGAGAGACUAUCGCUCGUCACGAGUAUUCAAUUCGUCGUCAAACUCGAGUUUCUCACCCCGCCGGUCUCUGACGAGCAAACUGUGCCUGAUCGCGACCGCAGCUUCCACUACUUUGCCUCUGCGCUCCAAGACGGCGGCCUCCAAGCCGCAUUUCUCCUAGAAGAGAAGAACAAGAAGGAAGAGAACUACCCCGAAGCCAAAGACCAAGGCAAUGACAAUGACAAUGACAAAGACACAGACGGCCAAAUGACUGAAAACCAGCUCCUCGCCCAGGCACCCAGGGGAAGUAUUAUCAAGACCAAGCACAACGGCAACAUGUUCAUCAUGAGCCCCCAAUCAUCCAUCCCCUGGAUCAAGGCCGGCGCCAAAGACAACCCUCUCCUGAGAUACUGGCUGAUCAAUCCCGAUAGCAACAUCAGUGGUCAUGGUCAACACGAGACCUGGCAUCCCACCGCGCUCACCAGCCCGAUCCUGCGAGAAUCAGAGGCCAACAAUCUGUUUCCGGGGCUCAACACCGCCAUUUAUACCAUCUGGACAGCGCAUUCAGCAAGAGUGCAUAUCAACGAUAGCUGCGGUUUGCACGUCCACGUUAGCCCGGCUGUUGUCCCAUCUCCUACUCAGGGAGUUGCUCAGGGGCUACUUCAAGGACAAAACCACCAUGGACAAAGACAGGAUCUGACAGCUCUCCAGGUUCAACGCGUCGCCACGCUCGUGGUCGUUCUCGAAAACAGUCUUCUAUUCCAUGUGUGCUCGCCUCACCGCCGCCAAAUCCAUACCCAACUCAUCGCUGCUUCAGGCCUUGCCUAUGCGACAAACUCUCCAGCUUGCCCCCUCGCAGAAGCCAAUCUCCCCCCAAACAUCCUCAAUGGUACAGGAGCCGUCGAAAAGGCCAUCAAAUUUCUCUGGACAGCCUCCGACCUUGAUCAAGUCAGUCAGAUGCUCUCGCGUCAUCCCAAGACUCGAGACACUCGCCCCACGGCCUUGAGAAUCAACACUCACAAUCACGAAGACGACAGCGUCUCGCACAUGCUCGAAUUUCGACAUGCGCAGGCUGCCUUCAACCAGGGCUUCGUAGAUAACUGGGAGACGGUGCGGACGACAGCUAGACCUGAGGAUGCGUGGAAGACACUACUUAGAGUCCUCAACGACUUUGCGGCGGUCAACUGGCAUGCGCGAAGCAGCGAGCAGUUCUGGGUGGGCUAUCUUGCGGUGCAGGACAGGAAGUGA